AUGCCUGGUCAGAGUAACAAUGCGGAUCAAUUCGGUUUUAAAUGGAGCAAGUGGGUUCCUAAUAAGUGUAAUAUUUUUAUGUGGCGCGCCUACUUGGAUCGGCUCCCGACGAAGACAGCUUUGAUUAGAAGGAAUAUUCAUGUGGAAAAUGACGUUUGUGUGUGGUGCGAAGAAGCGGAGGAAUCAAUCGAUCAUAUUAUUACAGGUUGUAGUGUUUCUGCAGGCGUUUGGCAUGGUAUUUCGGUUUGGUGUCGGAUCCCAGAGAUCUAUGUUUUCAGUGUGAAGGAUGUUGCGGCUCUGCACGAGUUCUGCGCAGCGGAAGGGCAUAAGAAAAGCCUGCUUCAAGGUAUUUUCAUUAUAGCUAGUUGGAGGUUAUGGAGGGCCAGGAACGAGAAGUUGUUUUCUGGUAAGAACUCGACUGUGGCAGACAUUGUUGCGGAUGUCAAGACGUUGGCCUUUUUGUGGUAUAAGCAUAGAUUUAAAGGUGAAAUUGUAGAGUGGGAGAGAUGGCGUUCGUUUGAUGUAAUGUAA